AUGGAGACUCAGGCACAGAUGGCUCAGAUAAUGCAAACUCUAGCGACAAACCAGACCACUGUGCAGGGGACGAGUGAUCCGGGCACGACUAUAGAGUCCCGUUAUUUGAAGGACUUUCAGAGGUAUAAACCGCCCACUUUCGACAGGGGUAAGAUGGACCCAGUUGCAGCUGAGGUUUGGCUGGAGGCUGUAGAGACAGCUUUUAUAUACAUGAAUUGUCCUCCUGAAUAUCAAGUCCAUUGUGGGACUUACAUGCUGAAGGGCGAAGCCCAUUUUUGGUGGAAAGGUGCACAGAGGGCCAUUACACCAGAGGAAGGGUAUAUUUCUUGGAACCAGUUCAAGGAAGCCUAUCUGUGUAAAUAUUACCCAGUGGUUGCCCGACACAAGUGUCAGACAGCAUUCCUAGAAUUGAAACAGGGGGACAAAACUGUUGAGGAUUAUGAUCUGGAGUUUAAUAAACUGGCAAGGUUCUGCCCUGAGUAUGUCAGUAACGAGAAGAUGAAAAUUGAUCGUUUUAUCGCUGGUCUCCGGAUAGAGCUUCAGGGUCCAGUUUUGGUACAAACAACUUCAGAUUAUGCUGUAGCCUUGAGAGUGGCAACAGUGAUGGAUAUGCCAUGGCAGGUGGCAAAGCAAAAUGUGCCAGUGGUGACCACUCAGAAUGCCUUUGGCCAACGAAGAAGGCCUAACAGAAACUCUUUUAGAUCUGACAGACAGCCGCGAGGACGUUUUGAACGUCGGGGUAGAGCCCCAGAGUAUAACAGACCUGAAUGCCCUAAUUGUAAGAAAUAUCACGAGGGAGAGUGUUUUGCUGGAACAGGAGGAUGCUUUGGUUGUGGCAAGCCAGGCCAUCGCAUAGCUGACUGCCCUCAUAAGAGAAAUCAUGAGGGAAACAGACCUGUUGGACAGUAUCAGAGGGGUCGUGGAGCCACACAGCAAGCUCGAGCUGUGGUCCACGCUAUCACGACUAGGAAAGCAGAAGAGACUGACGCAGUGGUGACAGGUACUACCCACUCAUUUAUUUCUGAGGGGUUUGUGAAAUCUGCAAACCUAGAACUAGAAUCCCUAGAGAUUCCUCUUACUGUGUCUACACCAGCAAAUGAAGCAACUAAAUGCUUGACUGCUACCCAUAGGGUUAAGGGUGGUAGUGUGAUAGUUGCAGGGCGAAAACUUGUAGCAUCCUUGAUUGUUUUGUGUAUGCAAGACUUCGACGUGAUCCUAGGGAUGGAUUGGUUGGGCGAGAAUCGAGCCCUCAUCGAUUGCGAAGCAAGAAAGGGGAUAUAUCCAGAAGCACCCCUAGGGUCAUCACAGCGUUGA